AUGGUGUCGUUGCGAAGCUUAAAGGCGCUGCGUCGAACAGUUGAUCGCUCCGUCAAGCUUUCCGUCAACCAUGUGGCACGACAUCAUUCGCUACCAUUAACAUUGCGCUCAUUUUCGCAGGCUCACACGCCUUCAACGACGGUAGAUCCCACGGACAUAUUGCGGCCAGAGCUGCCCAAGAAUUUCAAGUCGCAAUUGUCUUUAGAGAAGGAGCUGUCGGGCCUUCCAAAGCUAAAACCUGCUAGCCAACUUGAGGCUCCCCAGACUCAGAUCUCGGUGCUGCCUUCGGGUUUGCGGGUCAUUUCGCAAGAAACAUACGGUCAGGCAGCCACUUUAGGUAUCUUCAUUGAUACUGGAAGUCGCUUUGAGGACGAUGACAGCGUUGGAGUCAGCCAUUUGCUGGAGCACCUUGGCUUUAAAAGUACUACCUCGCGUACGCACGCGCAGCUUGUACGCGAGUUUGAAGAUAUUGGUGCGCUCACCACGUCUUCAUGUGGGCGCGAGCAGAUCAUCUACACAAUCGACCUUUUGCGAGACAAUGUCGAAAAAGGGCUAGUGCUGCUUGCUGAUGCCAUUCUCAAUGUCAAUCUAGUGCCUGAAGAACUGGAGGGUAUAAAGGCAAUCAUGCGCAUUCAAACGGAGGACUUGUUAGAUAACGCUCCAGCAAUGUUACAAGAAUUCAUUCACGCCGCUGCUUACGGUCCUGACACGUCGCUUGGUCGACCACUGCAAUGCCCACUCGACAAGAUCGAUGCGCUGACUGUGGAUAAAGUGAAAAAAUUUCGCGAUGAACACUUUGUCGCCCAGAAGAUGGUCCUUGCUGGCUCUGGUGUGGAUCAUACUCGCUUAGUCGAGUCCGCGGAGAAGCUCUUUGCGAAUGUGCGAAUAGCUCCGGCUGGCACAAAAAUGGCUACUCCUUCGAGUCCUGAGACGCUUGAGCCAGUAAUUUACACUGGAGGAUUGUACCCACUUUCAAAGCCUGAUUCAGAGUUUUCUUACGCAGCACUGGCAUUUCCCACUGGUGGUUGGCAUCACGAAGACCUGGUGCCCAUCUGUGUAUUACAUACCCUUCUUGGUGGAGGCGACAGUUUUUCUGCUGGUGGUCCUGGUAAGGGAAUGUACUCACGUUUGUACACAAGCGUCCUGAACCGCUUCUACUGGGUUGAGUCGGCCUUUGCAUUUUCAUCGAUACAUGCGGACGUGAGUCUUCUUGGUAUUUACGGUGCUUGUCUCCCGUCGCACACCAGCAACCUCGUGGCACUUUUGUGUAAUCAAAUGCUUAGUGUCGCUAAUCGACCAGUUGAUGCAAUUGAGCUCGGACGUGCGAAAAAUCAACUCAAGUCGUCUGUGCUUAUGAACCUUGAAUCCCGAAUGAUCUUGUAUGAAGACAUCGGUCGCCAGCUACUCACAUAUGGGGAGCGUGAGUCACCGGAGUCGGUUUGUGCCAAGAUUGACCAGGUUACAGCCGCAGAUCUUCAGCGAGUGGUGAGGGAGGCAAUGCAAAAUCCUCCAAGUCUCGUCUACUCCGGCGACAUAGCGCAAUUUCCGCAGUACCAGCAAGUUGUAGCUGGUAUCAAAGAAGGAUUAAGUGAGUAA